AAAUCCGAAAGCGAAAACUUCAUCGGGGUGACAAAUAAUUUCUCGGAUCGGAGUUCUCGUUAGGUGUGGUUGCAAAAAUUGUCAAUUUUUGGCAAGAAAUAGCUCAACAUUCGCCGUGAAAACUAAUUUCCAACGUAGUUCCGUGUUCUCGUCUAGUGGUAGUGCAGUGUUUUACGAGUUUUCGGCAGACAUAGGUGAAAAUGACGGGAAGAUUGCCAGCUUGCGUGAUCGACGUCGGAACGGGCUACACGAAGCUCGGCUUCGCAGCGAAUAAGGAGCCCCAAUUUAUCAUUCCGUCGGCGAUUGCCAUCAAAGAAACGGCUAAGGUCGGUGACCAGAGUGCCCGCCGCGUUACGAAGGGAGUCGAGGAUUUGGACUUUUUCAUCGGCGAUGAAGCAUUCGAUGCCACCGGGUACUCGGUUAAGUAUCCCGUUCGUCAUGGACUGGUCGAGGAUUGGGACUUGAUGGAACGCUUCUUGGAACAGUGCAUCUUCAAGUAUCUACGAGCCGAACCGGAAGAUCAUCACUUUCUGCUGACGGAGCCACCGUUGAAUACUCCGGAGAAUCGGGAGUAUACGGCAGAGAUUAUGUUCGAGACGUUCAAUGUGCCGGGGUUGUACAUUGCUGUGCAAGCGGUGCUUGCCCUUGCGGCUAGCUGGGCGUCCCGUCCCGUGGAGGAACGGACGCUGACGGGAAUCGUUGUUGACAGUGGUGAUGGCGUGACGCACGUUAUUCCGGUGGCCGAAGGCUACGUCAUCGGAUCAUGCAUCAAGCACAUUCCGAUCGCCGGACGGAACAUUACUUCGUUUAUCCAGAGUUUGCUUCGGGAGCGUGAGGUGGGAAUCCCUCCGGAGCAGAGCUUGGAGACGGCCAAGGCAAUUAAGGAACGAUUCAGCUACAUUUGUCCGGACAUUGCGAAGGAGUUUGCCAAGUACGAUUCAGAACCAGCCAAGUGGAUGCGUCACUACGAGGGAAUCAAUGCAAUUACCAAGCAACCGUUCGGGGUGGAUAUCGGCUAUGAGCGGUUCCUUGGGCCGGAGAUUUUCUUCCACCCGGAGUUUUCUAACCCAGACUUCACAACGCCUCUGUCGGAGAUUGUCGAUACGGUGAUCCAGAACUGUCCGAUCGAUGUGAGACGGCCGUUGUAUAACAAUAUCGUGCUGAGCGGUGGAUCAACCAUGUUCAGGGAUUUCGGUCGUCGACUGCAGCGAGACAUCAAGCGCAGCGUAGAUGCCCGUUUGAGAAUUAGCGAAAACCUGAGCGAAGGAAGGAUCAAGCCUAAACCGAUCGACGUUUCGGUUAUUUCACAUCAUAUGCAGAGAUACGCCGUCUGGUUCGGUGGAAGCAUGCUGGCAUCGACGCCCGAAUUCUAUCAGGUUUGCCACACGAAAGCCGCCUACGAAGAGUAUGGUCCGGGCAUUUGCCGUCACAAUCCCGUGUUUGGCACCAUGACGUAGUUUUGUAGUAGUUCUCUUCGCUGCCGUCGUCGUCGUUCCUCCCGCGCUCUGCUACAUUGCUACUACUAUUUACUGUCGUUUCAAUUUGCAUUUAGAGUAAAGCACAUGGCACACGAAAGUGGAAGAAAUUCGAACUAAUUAGGUAGCCGGUUCGAGUAUUAGAAGCUGCGACAAUUGUGCAAGUCAAAAUAAGAAAACAGUGUUGAUCAUCAUUCCUCUCUUUUCCGAUGUUUCGAGAAAUUAAAAAAAAAGUGCAUGCUACAUCAAACAAGUUCUGUUUUGCAGUUGGUUAUUUAACGUAUUGUUUUUAGUGCGCUGAUAAACAUUUCUAGGUUUGUCGUGAACAUUCAUCACCUUCUUUCUGUUCAUGAUCGCCCAUCGGGUGAAGAAGCGGACAACCAAAGUGGUAGGUAUACAAGUUAGUAGUAGAAGAAGAGAACAAACAAUGCCAAAAUUUCGAUAGAAGGACAACCCAUGGAUGCAUUUAUCGAUUCCGCAUGACGAUUAUAAUAAGUGUACUGAAAACUUUGAACAGAAAAGCAAAUAAAUACCUAAACAGGCACGUAGACACGAAAAAGUAUUCUUAUAAAAGCAAGUAAAAUUAUUACGUUGGGAAGCCGUUUAAGCUUUAGUUAUUUCCACAUUUUGAAACAUUGUGUAACACAGAUUGUGUUAGGUGAUGAACAAUUAGUAAAACAGGAAGUUUGAUCUACAGAAGAGGAAUUCCACUCCAAUUUCGCAAUUUAAUUUUAUUGAAUUAUGAACUAUA